AUGAGCAGAGUGCUGAUUUCUAGUAUCAUUGUUUACAUAGUUACCUUGGUGCUGGUAUCGAUCUACUUAGUUGUGGCUAUGUUGAGGUUGAUCGGUGGGCAGAAGUGGGUCUCCACGACUCGUUUGUCUCUGCGUCCGUCUGCUUUGCAUUUGCCAUUGCUGUUCGUCUUGCAUAUUUUCGGCCAGGAUGUAUACAUCUUGAAUUGGUUGGCCCAGCAACGGCCCCUGGCUAGGCAACACAGCGCUGCAGAGGACUGCGAACCGAACUAUGUGAGAGCCGCACUAAAGGCGCCACUUUGCCUGGCCUGCCUAUUCGUGCGCUCUCGUCCCUCUUGA